AUGCCUCUUUCACUUAGGUGGCAAGAAUAUAUCAGUAAUUUGCAAGAGUACUUAACAGAAGAAUGCAUUUCUUUAUAUGGAGCUCGAGGUGUGAAAGCUAGCAAGUUAAGCAAACUAAUUGGAGCUCGAGGAGUGAAGGGACUUGGAGUUACGACUCCAUUGCCGCCUAAAGGUCAUGAUUAUCUUAGCGUAGGGUUUAACAAUGAUGCCAGGCGGUUCAUUGUUCAUACAAAACUGCAUUGUGAUGCAGGUUUUUUGGAGCUUCUCUAUAAAUCAGCUGAAGAAUAUGGUUUUGAUAAUGAAGGCAUUCUGAUGAUUGCAUAUGAAGCAAAGGAUUUCGAGGAGUGGAUGAUUACUAGGGCUAAGGAAAAGGUUACUUGGGUUGAAUCCGCCUAA